ACUUUGUCAAUGGUUGUGUACUAGACUGUGUCAGUGGUUGUAUACUGGACUGUGUCAAUGGCUGUGUACUGGACUGUGUCAAUGGUUGUGUACUGGACUGUGUCAGUGGUUGUGUACUGGACUGUGUCAAUGGUUGUGUACUGGACUGUGUCGAUGGUUGUGUACUAGACUUUGUCAAUGGUUGUGUACUAGACUGUGUCAAUGGUUCUAUACUAGACUGUGUCAGUGGUUGUAUACUGGACUGUGUCAAUGGUUGUGUACUGGACUGUGUCAAUGGUUGUGUACUGGACUGUGUCAUGGUUGUGUACUGGACUGUGUCAAUGGUUGUGUACUGGACUGUGUUGAUGGUUGUGUACAAGACUGUGUCAAGUGGUUGUAUACUGGACUGUGUCAAUGGCUGUGUACUGGACUGUGUCAAUGGUUGUAUACUGGACUGUGUCAAUGGCUGUGUACUGGACUGUGUCAAUGGUUGUGUACUGGACUGUGUCAAUGGUUGUAUACUGGACUGUGUCGAUGGUUGUAUACUGGACUGUGUCAAUGGUUGUAUACUAGACUGUGUCAAUGGUUGUAUACUGGACUAUGUCAAUGGUUGUGUACUGGACUGUGUCAAUGGUUGUGUACUGGACUAUGUCAGUGGUUGUGUACUGGACUGUGUCAGUGGUUGUGUACUGGACUAUGUCAAGUGGCUGUGUACUGGACUGUGUCAAUGGUUCUAUACUGGACUGUGUCAGUGGUUGUGUUCUGGACUGUGUCAAUGGUAA